CCUGUCAUUCUAGAGGAUAAAAAAAUCAGCCUGGCUUAAUGGGGGGGACAAGUCGAGGAUUUUAAUUGUUAAUUUUGAGAAGUCUAUUACAAACAUUUAUUUUUUAACGACUCCGUGUCUGAAAUGAUCUUGGGCGAAUCGUGAUAAACAGUAGUCACUAGUCUGUAAUCUGUAUAUUCAAGGAUCAAGGUUGGAGUCGUGAGAGUGUGAGACGUUGAUUGUUAUUACCUUGGGAAAAUAGCUUGUGAAAUUGGAAAAAUUGCUGUCGAUGGUUUUAAGGGACUCUGUUGUGAUCUCUACAGUUGUUUACAAAUGAUAGAAACACAUAUUUCUUAUUCCGUGUUUUUAAGUAGCAACUAAACAUACAACUCAACGCGAACAGGUACAAGUUGCUGCUAUGGCUCUGGUUUAUGUUGACAGCGACCCAUGGCUGAAAGAACAUGAGGAUUGUGAGAAGUUGUAUAGGGAGAUAAUGGAACAGUUGACUGCUCGAAGUCUUGAGCAGAAGACGUCUCACCUUUAUGCAUCUCUCUCAUCAGCAGUCCGUCUCCGAAUGAAACAGUAUUCUUCAGAAGUUCAGCAAUUACAGGAGAAGUUACGUGUUGCAUCGUUAUCAUCAAUGAUAACACGGCAGGAAGCGGAAAGACGGUCACGUUUAGUCGAACAGCUACAAAGCAGAGAAGUACAAAUGCAGCAGUUGUUUGUUGAUCGAGACACUUUUGGAGAAAGGAAUAGGUCGAGACUGCUUCAACAGAAUCCAGCACAGUCAUCUGUUGCUAGUGGCAGAACUGUAGGAUGGGCAGAUGAAGAUAUUUAUCCUCAGGGGUCACAGAAUGAAAAUCUUAGUGUGGAUGAACUUCGACAACAGCAGCAGAGAAUGGUGCAAGCACAAGACCAGGGUCUUGAUGAACUCUCUAAAAUAAUAUCCAGGCAAAAACAGAUUGCUGUAGCUAUAACUGAUGAAGUGGAAUUUCAAAAUGAGGUAAUAGAUGAUCUGGCUGAUCAUAUGGACAGAACAGAUGCGAGAAUAGUAGACGGGACUAGGCAAAUAAGAGUUGUUGGACAGAAGGAUAAAACAUGGGUGAUUGGACUCUCAUGCUGUGUCAAGUGGACCAACAAAUUGCAUAAUUUAGAUUUUUUUUUUAUUACAGUGUUGUUAAAAGUUUGUAAAUCAGAUACCACUCCUAUUUUUUAUUGUAACUUCAUUUCAGUGAUGUAGUAAAGCAAAUAUUUUGUUUUUAAACAUACUUAUACUUAAUCAAUCAUUACUUGAUUAAGAUAGGGGACAAUGUGCCUCAGUACAUACUUUUAAACUUUUUAUGAUUACUUUGUAGUUAUUAAGAGUGGCUGUGAGCAAUAAAAAGCAGUUUUAUUA